ACUCACAUAAAUACAGUGGCAACGCCGUGCUUUCAGCUGUUCGGUAAACUUUUUCUUCGCGUACAAAUUGUAAUAGUUUUAGUAUUAAUUAUUCACCAUUGUUUCUACCAAAUAUUUGUACCAUGUUGCGCAAUUUGACGCGCAGUUUUGAUAGCGUGCUUAAACUGCAGCGUCAAACGUACCCUCACGCCGUUCGCUUGCUUCAUACAACAGAUCUUAGCCGCGCGCUUUUUACACAAUACGCAUGCGAGGGACGCUUGAGCAAUAAGCAACCUACGCUGGCAGCUACAGCCGGCAUAAGCAUACACGCAACGCCCACAGCUAGUGAGGCGGACAAUGAAUAUGUCCCGUAUCGAACAGAGCUGGAAAGCGGAAGUCGCGUUAGCGUUCUCAUUGCAGCGCUGCGCGAACGCUUUCGCCUCACCGAGAAGGAAGUGGAGCGCAUCGUGAGCGAUGAGCAAGUGCAUCGCAGCUAUCGCAAUCGCUGCCUAACCCAUGUGCUAGACACGCUGCUGCUGGAGGGUGUGACCAAGCAAAGUUUUGUCGAAUAUCCCUGGCUGCUGGUGUUGGAUCAGAAACGUCUGCAACUGAAACUAGAGCUGCUCAAAAGCAUGCACAUGCUAGACAUAAAUCACUUUGUGCCAUUUCUGCGUCUUACAUUGCCACGCCUGCGUAAGCUAGUCAGCGUCUUGAAUGCCGAAACCAACGAAUACCCUCAGAAGAAUCGCGUUUACUACAUCAGCGAUAAGCUGGGUGUGAGCCCGGAGAUAGUCACAAAAUAUUUGUCGAAGCGACUGUUCAUACUGGAAAUGCCAUAUGAAAUGUUCGAGAAGAAUUUGGAGCACAUGAUACACUAUAAUGUGUCGCCCAUUAAUAUACUUAAAGAUCUGUGGGCCUUUCGCUAUACGCCCAAGUCGGUGGAGCUGCGCUUGGAGCGCGCUCAACGCGCCAAAAAGGAUAAAAUAAUGCCUUGGAUGGUGCGCUGUCCGGAACCAAUACUGCAACGCUCUCUGAAGCUCACCCUAGACGAGCUGCAGGUGCUGGGCGAGUUCUCCUCCGUGGUGGAAUAUGUGGCGCAUCGUUUGGGCUUUAGUGUUAGCGAAACGAAGGCAAUUAUGGAUCGACAUCCGCAGGUGCACACAGUGCGCGUGACAAAGAUCAAAGAAGUGUUGGACUAUCUGCUAGACGUUGCGAAAUUCACACGCUUUGAAAUUGCGCAAGUGCCGCGGAUUUUGUGCCACAGCUUAAAGACCACGCGACAGCGCAUGGAGGAGCUCGAGUCCAUCGGCUGUCGACCCUCCACGCUGGUCAUUUUGUGCCGCAGCAGGCGUGAAUAUGAUAAGUUUUUGCAACAAUGGAACGAUCAGCGUGGAACGCCAAAACAGAUCAACAGCAGUUGAGCCGUAAGUAGGAGCAAACUUUUAACUGUUGAUCGUAAAUGGCCACCGAUUCGUCUAUAGUGUUACAUAGAUAUAUAGUUUUUAUUUUGAAUUAAACUGCGAUACACUGUUGGCUUGCUUUAAACAUUCAGAAUGUUAAUAAAUGGAAAAACGGAAUCGAUUGGAAAGUCAAAAUUGGUUAUUU